AAGGCUUUCUGAAUGGACUGUAAUUACAGUGGAUCCCAGACAGCAGAGCGGCCGCCUACCGCGUGAAAUUUUUUUGCUGUAAUUUGAUCAUUUGGCAGCGGUGUUUAGGGCAGACUCUCCCCUAAGCGAUGGGGGUAGUGGGACUUUUCGGAAGAUGAUCAACUUUGCACGUCGUAGCGACUGCCACAUCAUUCCGUUAAUGGACAACAAAAUGCUCACGGUUUUCGUACUUUUAAGUGCUCUAGCGACAUGCAUGAGCGCACCACGACGAUGUGCACCAGAGGAGGAAGCAUUAGGAAGAUGCAGAACACCUGCAGAAGAGAGACCGCAGUGUACAGACAUGGUGCUCGGCUACUGCCAGGACGUGCCCUACAGCUACACCUCAUUCCCCAACAUUGUGGGCCACCGUUCACGCGAAGAUUUAGAGACAGGUGCAGAGUACCUACUCUUGAGUGUGAUCCAUGGGCUGCUGAAUGGGGAGUGUUGUCCAGACAUCCGUCUGCUAGGCUGCUCAGUGUUGGCUCCCCGUUGUCAAGACAACAGACUUAUGAAGCCGUGCCGUAGCUCGUGUGAGAUGUUGAAAAAGAGUUGUGUUCAUGCCUUUGAAGCCAUCGAAAUGGCAUGGCCAUACUUUUUGGACUGUGACCGAUUCUUUGUUGGUGACGAGGAGGGUUGUUACGACCCAUUGUCAGAGCUGAGAGUAAAGCAGGAGGUGGCUUUGGCCAACAUAUCUGAUGGUGGCCUUUCCACUGUCCUCCAGUUCACUUACCACUCAAACUCUCAGAUGUUCAGUAUCCUUAAGAAGACAGCAGCUAAAUGCCCCCAAAUCUCACGCACAUACAGCAUUGGACGCAGUGUGGAGGGCAAAGACUUACUGGUUAUUGAAUUCUCCACUAACCCUGGACAACAUGACCUAUUGGAGCCCGAGAUGAAAUUAAUUGGGAACAUGCAUGGAAAUGAGGUGCUGGGCAGGCAGCUGUUGAUCUAUCUGGUUCAGUAUCUGUGCUCUGAGUAUCUGCUUGGGAACGAGCGGAUUCAGACCAUCAUCAACACCACACGCAUCCAUAUACUGCCCUCCAUGAAUCCCGACGGCUAUGAGAUUGCCACCUCUGAGGUAGCCGAUAGGAACGACCCUGAAAACAUCUAUCAGGAAGGCCAUGAGUACAAUGGAUGGACCAGCGGCAGGGAAAAUGCCCAGAACAUUGAUCUGAACCGUAACUUCCCUGACCUCACCUCCAUCUUCUACAAUCGCCGUCGCUUCAGGCAUUUCCGUAGUGACCACAUCCCUAUCCCUGACUCCUAUUGGUUAAAUAAGGUGAUUGCACCUGAGACCUAUGCUAUGAUGAAAUGGAUAAGAUCCAUACCUUUUGUUAUAUCUGCUAGUCUGCAUGGAGGAGAAUUGGUCAUCUCAUAUCCUUUUGACUUCUCAAGACACCCCCACGAAGACAGGAUGUACUCACCCACACCAGAUGAACUAAUUUUUAGGCAACUGGCUAGGAUAUAUGCAGAUGCCCAUGCCACUAUGUCUAACAAUGACACUGAGAGAUGCGGAGCCUUAUUUGCCAAUAAAGGAGGGAUAACCAAUGGAGCACAGUGGUAUAGCUUUGCUGGAGGGAUGUCAGACUUUAACUACCUGCACAGCAACUGUUAUGAGAUCACCGUGGAGUUGGGCUGUGAUAAAUUCCCUUCUGAGGAGGAGCUCUACCCUGAAUGGCUCCGGAAUAAAGAGGCACUUCUCAGCUUCAUGGAGUCUGUCCACAGAGGUAUAAAGGGUAUUGUGAAGGAUGAACACGGCAAUGGCAUUAAAGGAGCCACAAUAUCUAUUAAGGGAAUGCGGCAUGACAUCACUACAGCUGAAGAUGGUGAUUACUGGAGAUUGUUGAAUCCAGGUGUCAACAUUGUGACCGCAGCUGCCUCUGGCUACUCUAAAGUAACCAAGCGCAUUAACUUGCCAAGAAAUGUGCAGGUGGGCCGGGUAGACUUUGUGCUGAAGAAGGUCCCACGAGAACCCUCUCUUGAUUACUUCAACAUCCCUGAACUGGACAACUAUGAGCGUUUCGACCCAUUUAAUCAGUUUGAGCAGUACAGCCAGAGGGAGCUGGGAGAGAAUGGAGAGGAGAGGACUGAGAAGCCAUGGUGGUGGGCUUAUUUCAGCCAGUCAGGAAUAUCUGCACCUACCUGGCUCCUGCGGAACUACUAAGGCCCCUCAGGACACCACAGGAGAGUAACCUGAUCCCAAAUAUUUUGCACCCAAGCCCUACUUGAAGAUUUUCAUCAUGAUGGUAACAUUAACUUCACUUGACAUACAAGAUGUGCAGCUUACCACUGAGCAUAGUGAAGGUAUUAUUGCCUUCCAGUAUAUAUUGUCUUACUGUAUGUAUCAGACUGGCAUCAUAGUAACAUUAUUCUGCCAUAAAAGUAAGCAGAAGUACCUUUCUCUUUUAAUUUGACGUCACCAGAUCACUGUCUGUGAUUUUUGAAGCUUCAAAAGAGAAAUCUCCAUUCACUUUUUAAGGACCUACUGAGCUAAGAUAUUUUCUAUUUUUGCUUCAAAUGUGUUCUGGUGAAGAGAGAAAGUCAUACACACCUGGGAUAUCAUGAGGGUGAGUAAUUAAUGAGAGAAUUUUCAUUUUUGGGUGAACUAUCCCUUUAAGUGUUAGAAGAACUGUUCAUUUUAAUUAAGCCAUUAGUUUUUGUAUUGCCCUUUAAACAUGAAGAGCUGAAUAUCCACUAGUUUGUACGAGGUAAAUAAAAGAAAAAACUUUCACUUUCAGUGCAAUUUCUGAUUUUCUUUUUUGUUUUUACAUUCUUUCCAUUCUGUUAGUAUUAGAGUUGUGUUACCUCAAAUAUUUGAGAUAGGGCAAGCAAAUGUUGUGCAAAUCAAGGAAUACAAUUAAAAAAACAUGCUACUUUCUUGACCCACUAGAUGGCAACAAAGACUUCAUAAUGAUGUCCAGCUGAGCCUGACGUCUAGAGUAAGCUAACAGAGCAUAAGAGGUAGCCACUGCUGAGAAUGCUACAGUAUGAUUU